GAAUCUCAGGUGACUAGGCACAGGGAGUUUUUAAAGUCACAAAGUGAAAAGCACAGCCAGUGCUGGGAAGCCCCUGACUCCUGGGAACUUAGUUCCUGGCGAAGCCCACCACUCACAGACCACGGCAAGGUGAUCAUUCCGUGCUAUGAGUGUGCAACAGAUUCCCAUCUCCAGUUAGUCACACAGUUUAACCUGGACUUGAUCUCAGAGCCACUGUACUAGUCAUGUUGCAGGGAUCUGCAUGGACUCUAAAUGAUUUCUCUGUGCUUUUUCCAGACAGACUUACUGCUCCAGAAUGGAAGGACUUUAAAGCUCCUGGGUCACAUGUUACUCAAAUCCUUUAUUCCAUAAAGGCAUCAUAAAAUGAUGAUAAUUUUCUCUUUCUGUAGGUAAAACUCUAAAUUAACAAACAAAAACCCAGUUAAAUAGAGUUUGUUGAGGUUUUGGCCUCACCCGUGUUUCUUCACAAGGCUGGAGGGUGAAGUUCUGCAGGACGCUGAUGACAGCCAGUUUCAUGCUGAUGAGGGCAAACCUCAUGCCAGUGCAGUUCCUGUGUCCACUCCCAAAGGGCAGGUAUACAUAAGGAUCAACGCUGCCCUUGUUCUCCUUCUGAACCUGGAGUCACAGCAGGGAUGAAACCGAGGCUAUGGGACAUAAAGACCCCAAGAGCUCCCUGUUUGGAGUUCUCACACCUCUCAACCAGGAGGGCGCAGCAUACAUUUGUGGACUUGCAACUGAACCCCUGCUGCAGAUGUCUCACUGAUUGUGUGACUCUGAAAUUUCCCACAAGGUAAAGUGGUUGAAUUGGAGCAGAACACCAUGGACAGCCACAAGGAAGAGGAAAUUCUUGAAAAAGAUUUCAGGAUCCUACUGUCUCUAGGUUGUGGUACAUUCGGGGAGGUGAAGCUGGCCUGCCACCUCCCCACGAAUACUCAAGUGGCUGUCAAAGUCCUUGAGAAAACCUCCAACAGUGUGGCUGACAUCAGCGCUGAAGUGAACAUCCUUCAGUCUGUGGAACACAGGAACAUUGUUCGAUUUUUUCACAUGAUCGACACACUGAUGACCACGUAUGUGAUCAUGGAGUAUGUGGCAGGAGAAGAUCUGGAGAGCUGCCUCAGGGCACUGGGCUGUCUAAAGGAGGAUGAGGCUAGACCAAUUUUCCGGCAGGUCGUGUCAGCAGUUCACUUCCUCCACCAAAGACACAUUGCACAUCGUGACAUUAAGUUAGAAAACAUCCUACUCGAUGGAGCAGGAAAUGCAAAGCUUUGUGACUUUGGUAUGGCAAUUAAAAUCAGAGAAGGGCAGAUGCUUGAGGAGAUUUGUGGCUCCUUGCUCUAUUGGGCCCCAGAGAUCUUGGCAGGGAAACCAUAUGAUGGAAUGGCGGGUGAUAUGUGGAGCUUGGGUAUCGUCCUCUUUGUCCUUGUCACAGGGCACUUUCCAUAUGUGGAACCCACCCUUGAUGGUAUGCACAGGCUCAUCACCACCACAAUGUGUCCCAUUCCCUACCACCUGUCAAAACCCUGCCACAUUGUCAUUGCACGAUUACUCAUGGUCCCCACCUGGUACAGAAUAACAAUAGGUCAGCUUGUGCAACGACCAUGGCUGGGCCACAUUCAAGAACAUGUACCACCUGCCACUAAGGAAAUCCUUCCCAGGGUGGUGGAGACUAUGUGCACCAUUGGCUACACCUGUGAAGAGAUUGUGUCAUCCCUAAAACACAGGCAAUCAAAUAAUGUCACAGCAACUAUAAAUAUCCUCAAAUACCAACUGAGCUGUGGGGAUAGCCAUGGACAAGGUAAGUCCUGGCUAAAUAUGAUCUGCGCACACCCUCUUAGACUCCCCCUUCCCUUGGGGAGGAGAGCUAGUGAACCAGGUCUUCCUUCUGGGAAGAGUCCCUUUCACAAAGAGGGUGUGGAAGAAAGAGCCAAGGGAUGCAGAAGCUACCCCAUGCUCAACAGGGGGUCCUGCCUGGAGGUGAUGUCCUGGUCAGAUAACACCGUCCCAGAAAGAGGUGCUUAUGUGGCCGAUGCCAUCAACACUGCAACAUGGGGCAUGAAUUUGGUUGACAGUCUGCCUGGCAAUCUCUCCUCCCAUGAAUCAGCCCUGGAUAGAACACUCACUGGGUUUCUGAACUUGGGCUUCUCCAUAGAGGAACCAUCCACAGGGCCAGACAUUCCCAGUGACCAGUCCCAGGUGGCACCCACAACAUCUGGAUCCAGGCCAUUCAGAGGCUGGAGACUGACAAGGAAGCAAAUUGUCCAUGCACUGAGAGUACUGUGCUGCUGCUGCUGCUGCUGCUGCUGCCACCACCGCCGCCACCUGCCCACCCACCCCAUGGGUGGAAACUGAAAUGGCCUAAUCAAUUCCUGCCCUGAGGAGUGACUGCCGCAGGAGAGAUCUCCAGAGUGCCAACUCCCUCCAUUCCAGGCUUCUGCAUCCGUCCUCCAGCUAUUGAGUCUGGGUUGCAAGUUUACGUCUUCUUCAGCGUACUCCAGCUCCAGCACUGCUGCUGUACCAAGAGGUGGUCAUAAGGCACAUCUGCCCAAUGGCCUGCUACCUCCGUUGCUUUGGACGUGCUUGUAGGACCACUCUCACUGAGUGGAAAACAGCUGCCUCUACAACCAGGAAUGCCUUUGUACCAACCCAGGCUGCUCAUCGUCUGGUCACUUUAACCACUUCAACUUAUUUUGAGACAGUCUUUUGGAAAGGACAGCAAGCAAGACCUCUGAAAGUGACAGCAAGCUGGAGGAAAAUGGGUACCACUGUGGAUGGAUGCUGGGACUUUGCUCCACUUUGGAUAUAACCCAGAAGUCCUGCCUGAACAGGAAAAGAAAGUAUCUCAGAAGAGCCUUGGGGAAUGAAUGUGCUUCUCUUUCUGACCUCUAGCCUGGAUCUUCUAAGAAGGGCAGUGUCCAUAGAUCCCCUGUCCCAGGUCACCACUAACAAGAAGAGGGAGAACUUGAGGUCCUACAGUUGGACAGUCCUCACUGAUAUUAGAUAGACACAAUCACAAACAAACAAAUACUGAAGUACUCAAUUAGGAUUUUCCAACAUUAAUUUCUGUAAAUUGGGUUUCAGAAAUGUUGAUACAUGGCUGACAGAAAUCAAAUUAAUAGCUCUCAGGUUUAGCCAGUUGCUAUUCUAAAGCUGUUAGAUCUUUGUACUUCAUCUAUAGACUCAGGAAAAUCUACUCUGAUGUUCAAACACCAAAUUUAACAGCCAACUGGACCUAAACCUAGAAGACAUGGCAGAGGACAAAAGAGAUUCCUCCAGACUCUGAACUUCUGGUUCCAGUAAUUCCCACAAAGCCUCAGAUAUCCAGAAAGUUCUCCAGGGAAGUAAUGGAGACUGGACACAUGGGACAGAACACAAAGCUCAGCAACAGACCCAGACAAACCCUCUAGGCUGAUUUUUUUUUUCAUAGCCACCCAUGAAAUUCAAGGCAGACAAAUAAUCUGUACCUAAAGGGCUGCAGAAGCAUAUUGAAAAACAAAGAAUAGGGACCCAAUUGGAAAACUGAACACAGUCAUUGUUUCAGCUGACCUCAAGUCCAUAUGCUAUAGUGUUCACAUAAAAGUUAUAGAAGAGACCGUGUAAGAUCAGAAAUAACAUGGAGAAGAUGAACUGUAGACACAGGAGCCCUGAUGCCACCAGCCAAGAAAAUACAGAUGCUGGAGCAUGGGUGCAGCAGACACUUCCCUAAGACUUUGAGAGAGAUCCUGGCUCCUGACACAACCCAGUAGAUAACAAAUCCCUGUCAGUGUACAUUGUGUGGCUCUGAGGAGGUGGAAGUGUAUUGUGUGCUGUGUGGUGUGAUGAGGGCUGAUACCUCUCACAUGGAGAUGAGCUGUCGAGCUGGAUCGCAUUAGCACUGUAUUGGAUGGCACAGCCAAGCAGAAGAGCCCGAUACCUAGAUACUUAUAUGUGCUCUGCAUGCCCCUCCCCCUGUCUACAGCUUACAUACAUUGUCAGGUUAAGGGCAUGCAGGACAUCCCUCACCCACAUUUCACCACACAGUUUUCUAGGGAUCAGGCCUAGAUAAUUCAACUCCCACAAUGCUAAGUACCAGACCCUGCUAGAAAUCCCUCCAAUUCCAGUGUCAAAUGAGAUACGGUGGGAGCUAUCAGGCAUCGCUGGACACUUCACCUCCUGUCAAUGACACAUAUGUACUGCUAGGUUCAGGCCCAGCCAGAUGCCUCCUGCUCUGACACAUAUGCCUCCCUCCCUGACUAGGUAUAAUACACUGCUGGACACCAUACACAUCCCACCUCACUUGCUCUGCAAGCUGCCAGACCCUGCUGAAUAACACCUCCUCACACACAUACAACCUCAAAUACACUCCUAAAUAUUGGCCCAUGUAGGAGCUCCCACCCAACUGCAUACUAACUGCUAGGUAUUAGGCCUUGCUGAACAAAACAGUAUUUCCAGGUUUGCACCCUGACUGACACUCAGUUAACCCCACUUAGCAGGCCAUGCUGGAUAAUCUGUCACUCUGCCCAAAACACACUAUUAUUUUUUACCCCACGGGUUACCACCACACCACAGAAGGCCCACAAGGCCCUCUUCUACAUCCCACCACACAAGCGACAUUCUCCAGUGUCAGUUAUCAGGCCCUGCAGGAUACCACAUGACACCAACCCGUAUAUAUUUUCAGGGUAUUACCCCUGUGGGGAAUCCAAACACUCAGGCCAUGACAACUCCUGUAAUGGUAGCUGAGGGCCCAUUACCUGCAGCAUCCUCGAAGACAUUGCUAGGUAUCAGUCCCUGGUGACACUUCCAAAUGCCUCACACACACUCUGAAGUGCCAUGUAACCCUGGAUAACAACUCUGCCACCAUCCAACGACUAUGAUAUUAACAGGCCUGGAUGGACACUAAUUCACCCCAUCUUCCAUGGUGCCCUGCUGGGUACCCCCUUCUACUGCUUCCCACUGAUAAGCAUUGUUAUUUACCAGGCCCCUUAGACACCCAACCACUCCCAGGACCACAUGUCUACUUCUAGUUAUGAGGUUUUGUUUGACCUUCUCCACAUCGGACUAUGCUGGGAGCUUCUUCUCCUGCCACACAAAGCUGCCUGCCAAGUAUUUGCCUUACUGGACAUCCUUCCUCUGAGCAUGUCACACCCUUAAUGCUAGGCAUCAAGUUCUGCUGGACUCCUCCCGUAACCACUCUAAGUGCUGUGCAUCGGGCUCUGCUACUUACUGUGCCAUGCUGUGCAUUAACCUCCAUGUAGUGGCAUAUAGAGGAUGUGUAUCACAUUCACCUGACCACCAACCUGUGCUCUCAAAAACAUGGUGUGAGACCAAGCUUGUCACACACCCUUAUCAUAUACUGCUGGCCAGCAAACACUGCUGUAUUUCAUGCCCUGAGAGGAACUGUGUCACUAUCAUAUACAAGCUUCUAGGUAUCAGGUCCUGUUGACACUCUUGUGUAGAUGCUGUCAUCCAUACAAUACUAGUCAUCAAGUCUUAUCUGACAUCUCAACAUUCUGUUCCCACAUAAACAAUGUAGGGCUUGAGAUGGGGGUCCAGAAGGAUUAGAAACACACCAGUGCAUACAAGACUGAACCAAGGUAUCCUGCCAUUGCAGCCAAAAACAUAAAAUAUGGCCAAGGGUAAGGUCUUGACAGGAACCCCCUCUACUAUAUAUAGCCAGUGCUAAAGAGACAGGGCAAGGUGUCAGAUCCUGCUAGGUAAACCCUCUCCAACAGCUAACAUUAUUCUCACACAGCUAGGUAUCAGGUCCUCCAAAGGACCCCCUGCUUACAGCUAACCCUCUCUAAUGAGGAUUAGGUGUCAGACCUGCCAGGUACUCCAUGAAUAUAGUCAAAGACACCACAUAUAAACAGACUAGGUGCUAUGUUCAUCAAUACUUCCCUCCUUUAACACCAAGGUCACCUGGAACACAAUUAUAAUUGUGCCAGGAUCUCCUAGGUGGGCUCUGAAAAGUCAGUCUCAUAUACUUGGCUAUGUGUCAGGUCCUCCUCAGAAACACCUCCCCUAGAGCAAUGCUUCAAAUACACAUGAAUGGAGAGGUGUCUGUCAUGCUAAGAGUCUCUUCCCCUAUAGCCAGUUCCACACAUACAAAUAAGGAUGGUGUUAGAACGUGCUAGCUGGCACCUACCCCCGCCCCCCCAUACACACACAGAGGGAGGGAGGAGAGGGGAGAGGAUAGAAGGGAGGGAAGAAGAGAGACAAAAACAGUGCUAAGGCACAUGUCCUCCAUGGUAUCCCCACACUUAUCUCAAAAGUCCCACGCACAAAUAGGUAGGUUUCAGGUCCCGAUAGAAAUUCUGUCUUCUACAGCCAAUGACAAAACAUAGGGCUAGGUGGCAUGUCCUGCUAGAUUUCCUUCUGUCACAGCCUUUGCUACACCUACACAUUGGUGCUAGAUCCUGAUAGGUGUGCACUAACUUAACAAAUUCACCCACACAGGCACACAAACAUACAUCACAGGAGAAAUCUAUCAAGAUGAAGUCUCAAUUCUGAACAUUUAUGCUACAAAUACAAAGGCAUCCACGUUCACAAAAGAAAUACUAAAACAAAUCACACAUAAACCUCAAACACUUAAUAGUAAGAGACUUUAACACCCUACUUUCACCACUGGACGGGAACACCAGACAGAAACUUAACAAAAAAACAAAAGAACUAAUAGCAGUUAUGGCACAAAUGGGCUUAACAGACAUGUAUAGAACAUUCCAUUAGAAUAGAAAACAACAUAA